AUGCAGCAGCAGCUUAAUAUCAGCGUCUCAAAGAACUCGGAGGAAGAUGACGACGACGGCACAACGACAAGGGUAGUAUUGGAGGAAUCCUUUGAGGAGGAGCCCCCCUUCAUACGUGUCGCGAAGCCGCCGGCGGACACCACCAGUGACUCCCUUUUCUCGUCCCCUGCUACAUCUUUAGGCAACGGUACGCACGACCCAUCACCUGCCGCCGCACCCCUCGAUGCUCCUCUCCCUCCUGUCGUCACACUGACGCCGACAGAGAUCUAUGUUCAAGCAGUGCUAAAUCAGAUAGAGAGCGCGUUUGACUUGUCCGGCCUGGCGAGGUGCGUCGCGACGACCCGUCACGAAGUGGUGCCAUUUAAGGAUGGUGUGGCAACUUUUGACCUCAAGUGGUUCUCUGGCGUGCAUGAGUAUGUUGGCGCAGUCUUGGCAGCUGUCGCCGAGGGAGAGUCGGGGACGUUUUCGAUACCAGACGGCCACAGUGGUAUUGAAUUUUGCGCUGCGAGGAGGAGCUUCACGCAGUCGUUGAGCGUCUGGAUUGAUAACAUUGUGCAGAAGUAUUGUUAUCAACCCUGCACAUACCGAAGGCGCAAUGCCUCAGAGGUGGAAAUUCUUCUUAAAGGCAUCAAUAACCGAUGGGUACAGAGCUCCUUGGAGAAACAAAAACACUCAGCCACAAGUAACAUGGCAACAUCGAUAGAGGAACUGAAUGCGCUUCUUCUACACGACUUUGAAUCUUGGUUUUCCUCAUUCUUUCCGUACUUGAGCUACGCCGCGACGGCACGGCGACAGCUGCAACUACUAUGGCUGGAGAAUACCUACGUGGAUAAAACAGAAGUGGCUUUCCAGGUUUACUCAAUGGCGACACGGGUGAACCUGUUGGACAAAGGCGACGGUGUGGCGAAGGGUGCACUCUUCCCUGUGAAGUGGAUACACGAGCUUCUGCACUGGCUUUGCGACAGUGAGAGUAAAGAAACUGAAGAAGGGAAAGAAGAUGGAGAAAAGGAUGAGGGUUCAAAUUCACCAGUUCCGACCCCGGGCCCCUUCGACACUCUCUCACUGACGGAGUUGACGGUGGGUUUUCCUGUUAAACAAGUAGUGCGGGAAGAGAACGAUGAGGCAGACAUCAUUCCAGAGGAGCUCUUUGACUUGUUUUGGUCGCUGUUUGGCGGCGGCCCAAAGUACUUGGUAAGGGGUGUGUUUAGGAUGCGGCAACUCAUUGAAGAGAGCCUGCGGCCACGGCGUGCAUGUAUCGCAGUUGUGUUUGAGGGAGUCAACGAGCAGCAACCUGUGCUUCUGGAGAGUGUUCUGUACCGCGCCAGCAUAGCGGAAGUAAUGCGGCGAGCGCUGAACAAGUUGGUGCGUGAUUGCAAAGGCGGCGACAUGGAUGAAGAGAUGUGGUGGGCUGCGCUGUGCAGUGAUCAUGUUGUCAGUGCAUGUGUCACACACACACGGGGUGAGAAGCUAAGCGAAGUUUACCGUCUUGCGCACUCAGGUACAAUAACUUUUGGGGAAGUGAUGAGACAACUUGGGUUAGACGCUCCGCUGGAACCCGACAACGAGAACAACAGCAAUAAAUCAGAAGCUGCAGACCUUCAACUUCUGCUACACCAAGGUCAUUUGAUUGGCCGAAUCAUUGUAGAGGCAUGUGGUGUCUGUGGACUCAAGAACAUUGGCAACACAUGCUACAUGAACUGCGCGUUGCAGUGUCUGUCAAAUUUUGGGAGUAUGCGGCGUGAACUUCUCUCCCUUCCGCUGUCAGAAUACUCAAAUUCCCCCAUAACGGUAGAGUUUGUGGGCCUCUUGCUUAAGCUGUGGUCCGGCCACCUCCAAGUGGUGGAACCCCGCAGACUGAAAAUGAUGUUUGGGAAAGUGGAGAAGCGCUUUGACUCAUGUGACCAGCAGGACGCGAUGGAGUUCGUUGAAGUGCUCCUUGACCGCAUGCAUGACGAAAUGAACACUGUGGCUUACAAAAAAUACCGGGAACGUCUUGAUACUGACAAGAGUAUUCCUACACGUGAACUAUCCGCGGUGUUCUGGAAGGACUUCCUCCACAACAAUCGCAGUUUCAUCCCACAGCUCUUCUUUCACCAAUCUAAGACACGAUUGGAAUGUCUUGCAUGCGGUGAGACGACAAUUGUGUUCGAGAACAACCCGACGCUCGCCGCCACCGUUGCCGCGCCACCAAAGAAGCGUGUCUAUGAGGUAAACAUCCUGACACCAGCAGAGAGGCGGGUGCAACUACGUGUUGGGGCGCUGUGCGACUCAUCCAGCCCUGCUUCGCUGGAUGAUGUCGUGCGGGAGGUCGAAGCGCGGCUUCUAUCCAUGGACGCCGCUGUAACUGGUAUUGCUACGACUUCUACGUCUACAACUGCUGCUUUGGCCUCGACUCCUUUCGCCCCCGCCGCAGGUUCUCCCACGGCUCCUGCAGACCUUCCUGAAGCUGCUCCUACCGCGACGGCCCCUGACUUCGACGCCGAGACGACCAAGCCCACGUUGAACGGCUAUCGCCUCAUUCUGCAUAUGGACCCGCUCAGGCCGCUUCCGGCUGAAAGCAUUUUUUUGCAAGGUGCCCUUAUCGCAGAUCAGACAGAGACCGAGGAAGCACUAAAAGAAGAAGCUGCCAGCGCGCAGGAACAGGAGCAGCAGCAGCAGCAGGAACAUGAGCAGGAACAGAAGAAGGAGUCAGAAGAGGGAGAGAGUGGGGAGGAAGGAGAGAGUGAAGAGGCAACGGAAGCUGAAAAAGAAGAAGAGAGGGAAGAGGUGGAGAAAAGAGAGAAUGCGUAUGUGUGGUACUAUCUCAGGGCAAGAAGCGAAGAUUGGUACACGCAGCACAUCCUGUGCCAUGUGGAGCGGCUCCCCACCAAGGAGGCUCUCGGACAGUCGUUGUUGGAGCACCAUAUUGUGCGGCGGUGCAGGGAACUUGGCAAGCGGUUUCUUCGCGCAACAAGCACCGGCGCGAAUGAACUGUGGAUAUCAACGCUUGGGCCACAGGCAGACGCGGUGGGUGACACCUGGGUCUCGCGCCACAUCAGCGUGUUUUACCAAAGCAGUAAGCACGCCAUGGAGCAUCCUAUUAGCGUCCGCAGCACAGUUACUGAGGCAAGAGGCUGGACAGGGAUGAAGGCGAUCGAUGCCUUCAGCGGUGAAGCUCGGAUCUUGCUGGAGUAUGAUGAGUACUUUUUGGAGCCGGUGAGUAGUAUUUACAACGUGGUGAGCCACAACAUGAACGGCAUGAUGUCACCCUUUGGACACAGCUGCAUAAGCAACAUCAACGAGAAUUGUGGUUCGGUGACUAUAGAGGAUUGUCUGCGGAGUACCUUUAUGCCUGAUAUCCUCAGCGACGAUAACGCCAUACAUUGCGGCAAGUGUAAAGCGGCCCGUGACAGCAAGGUGGAGCGGAGCCUGUUCCUGCUACCGCGCUGUCUUGUCAUUUCACUUAAGCGCUUCAAGGUUGGACGCAUGCAGGAGGCGAGUAAAAACACAACUAUGGUGACGUUCUCACAUGUGCUCGAUGUGUCCCCGUACGUUGAUCCGGAAUCGCCGGAGCAGAACACGACGUACACACUGCGAGGUGUUAUGUAUCACUCUGGGACUAUGAACCAUGGACACUACACCGCGGUGGCGUACAAUGAUAAUGCAAAGCAAUGGAUCCACUACGAUGACGGGCGUGUCAUGCCCCUGGAGGAGAACCGCUUUACACAGGAUGCGUACGUCCUGUGUUAUGAACGUGAUGGGGCGGCGACGUGUGAGACGAAGUGCCCAAGUGCUGAGAAUAGUGGGGUGUAG